AUGGAUUCAAACGCCGAUGUAGAUAUUUCGAAGACAUUUGGGUGGAUAGGCCUUGGAGCAAUGGGAUUUCCUAUGGCGCAGCAGCUGCACAAGAAGAUACCAUCAAAUAGGGUGAUAUAUGUCUAUGACAUCGACACGAGUGCUGUGGAGCGGUUCAUUAAAGCAACGACCGCCGUCGAACAGGAAGCGGGCGACGCAAAGGCAAAGGUGGUUGCUGCUGGGUGUGCAAAGGAGGUCGCAGAGAAAGCUGAUUGCAUUGUUACGAUCGUACCAGAAGGCACUCAUGUCAAAUCUGUUUUUCUAACUCCAGACAUUGGUAUUCUGGCAGCGAAUGAUAUAUCUGGGAAGAUUUUCAUAGACUGCUCAACAAUCGACAUCGCAACGUCUCUCUUCGUCGCUCAAUCCGUCCAAUUUUACCACCAGUCCACCAACCCCAGGCUUCCAGCACCACACUUCUUCGAUGCACCUGUCUCAGGCGGGACCGCCGGCGCAUCUCGCGGUACCCUUUCAAUCCUCCUCGGUUGCUCGCCCACCUCGCCCCGCCUCGCCCUCCUCACGCGCAUCCUCAGAACAAUGGGAACACAUAUCCACGUCCUCGGCGGGCCCUCCUUGGGUCUCGCCGCGAAGCUGAGCAACAACUACCUCAGUGGAUUAAUUGCUUUGGCGACGAGCGAGGCGAUGAAUUUGGGUAUGAGGCUGGGUGUGGACGCGAAGGUGCUGCAGAAGUGUUUUAGCACCAGCAGUGGGGGCAAUUGGGUGAACGAUACGGUCAACCCGGUGCCGGGUGUGUGUCCGGAUGCGGUUACGAGUAGGGGAUAUGAGGGUGGGUUCAAGGUUCAGCUCAUGAAGAAAGAUAUGGGUCUUGCCAUCGACGCUGCAAACCAAGUCGGUGCCAGAAUUGUCCUCGGCCAUGUCGGUUAUGCCGCGUACGCUGCUGCCUCGGAGGAUCUUAGAUGUCGUGACAAAGACUCGAGGGUUGUGUAUAGAUGGCAUCUCCAGCCACUGCGGAUAGAAGAGGAAGAGAAGGAAACCGAGGACGGCACGGUAUACGUUCACCGAUACUACACCGAUGUUCCCAACCCAGACAUGGAACAAAGGAAGAAGAAAGGCCAUGAGACGGUUGAAGAGUGUAUCUAUGAGGGGAAGUCGAGGAACCCGAAGUGGCGGCCGAAAGCUCGCCCAAGCCGAGAAGAGUUCCUUAGGAAGGGGUGCAUCCGACGAGACUAUACGAAACGCAGACUGCGCAGGCCUGUAGCUUUCGAAGGGCAGGAACUGAAGGCAGAUCAAGAGUCGGAAGGGCAGCAGGUACUUGUUUCUGUUAUUUUUGCCCUUGAGGAAUGGCCUGCUGACCUGAAUGUUCUUUCGUUUGCAGUAGAACAAAUCCAGAAGCGUGUGCUAGUAAACCUAGUUUGGGAUGGAAUCGACAGCAUAAAUAGGUUGAAGGAGAAUUACCGUGGCGUGUAA